CGUUGCUGUACUUCCUUUCCCACAGGUCAUUGCAGUAAUGGCUACUAGGUUGGAGUUGGUAAGGAAGAUGAUGUGCUAAUGAAGAUAAUUGAGGAGAUUGGUGUUUAGUAACGUGCUUUUAAAUGAGUGUUCAGGUUUUAUGUGCACAUUAUGUCAGAGAGGAACUCGACUAGAAUCAUGAAGUCUUCAUCAGAAGGUGAGAUUCUUGACAGAGAGGAGACACAAUUGAUAAACGAUUCCUCUGAGUAUGGUAACCGUUAUCCUGAGUCUAAGUUAAAACGCACCUUCACACUACCCCGGAACCCUUUCGUGUCAACGAGAAUGAGUAAAAGAAAAGCCAAACACAAAGAAGGGAAGGAUGGUAAGGGUUCUAAUAUACAAACAAUUUCAGAAGUGCAAAACUCAGAGGUCCAGAAAUCCAAUAAAAAAGUGUUUCGGAGACCGUCUUGGAAGAAGUUCAUCAACAAGGUUGUUCAGCAUAUGUCCACAGUGGGUGUUCCCAACAAUAAAAGUAUGUGUGUUAAUUAUGAAUAUAAUAGGCGCAGGACAGACACAGUGUCUCUGUCAUCUUCAGACAUUCGUGUUCCUCCAAUGCGCCCCACCCACCUAGCAAACUUAGCAAACAGUGAUAAGGUCCCUGGUGUGAUAGGUCUAAGAAACCAUGGUAAUACAUGUUUCAUUAAUGCAGUUCUUCAGUGCCUGAGUCACACAGAUAUUCUGGCAGAGUAUUUUGUCCUGGACCAAUAUAAGGUGGAUUUGUCUCGCAGAAAUAAACUGAAUUCCAAGAAGUAUGGAACCAAGGGUGAAGUGACAGAGCAGCUUGCUCUCUUGCUCAAGUCAAUUUGGUCAUGUCAGUAUGAUCCAGAGAUUUCUAAUCAGUUUAAAUUAGUGGUGGACAAGUAUGGUACUCAGUACCGUGGCAACAAUCAACAUGAUGCGCAGGAAUUCCUUGUGUGGCUGCUUGACAAGGUGCAUGAGGAUCUAAACACAGCCACAAAAAAGAAAUACAAGAUCAUCAAGAACUCAUUUGGACGACCGGACGAAGUGGUGGCAGCUGAAACUCUAGCAAAUCAUGUGCGAUGCAACAACAGUUUUGUGCACGCCGUGUUCCAAGCACAGUUCCGAUCAUCGCUCACAUGUCCGCGCUGCCAGCGCCAGAGCAACACAUUUGAUCCUUUCCUCUGUGUGUCAGUGCCUGUCCCCCAAAAUCAGAGGAGGCCCAUUUAUGUUAUAGUGUUGUAUACUUCUCAACAACCUCGACAGGUGAAACUAGGGCUGUCCUUGCCUAUACACGCAGAAGUGCGUGAGCUGAGAGAAUUACUGGCAUCUGACACGGGUAUUAAAGAGCCUGACAUGUUGCUUACAGAGGUGGAUGAUCUCGGCUUCCACAGAACAUUUGCAGAUUCACAGCCUGUGUCAAGUAUCAAAGAGACGGAUCCUGUGUACUGCUUGGAGCUGCCGCAGCUGAAGGAGGCAACAGAAGAUGUUGGUGGGGCAUAUGUAUUACUGUGUUGGGUGAAUCUGCUAGUGGUUGAAGACCAUUGCGAUCUCCAGAAGCUGAUACUCAAGGAAAUGAAUGCUGUGCUACAUGAUGACAUUCUUGUCAAUUCCCAGGAUAUUCCACUGUUCCAUAUGCGAGUAGUGGAUGGACUAGGUGAUGGUACGCCAGUAUAUCUUGAUCCUACACUGGAUCAUCCAUUGUACAUGGAAGCUGUUGAGCAGGCACUGGCUCUCUGUGAAGAAGAUGCUGGACCUCCACAUCUCAAACUGGUCUUGGAAUGGGACUUGCAAGGAAAGGAGGGCACCAUUGCAGAUGACAGUGACCAGAUGGAGGAGCAUACCAGUGUGAAACAGCUGAAAAUCAACACUGAGCAGGGCGGUGCUGUUACCCUCGAGGAAUGUUUUGAGCUAUAUACGAGAGCAGAGGUUUUGGGUGCAGAAGAUGCAUGGCACUGUCCAAACUGUAACCGAAAGCAGGAGGUAGUGAAGAAGCUAGGACUGUGGUCAUUACCAGAUAUUCUGGUUAUUCAUCUCAAGCGAUUCAGACAGCAUUCUUCAAAGCAGAGAGCUCCGGCAAAACUGACGACACUGGUGGAUUUCCCACUGUAUGGCUUUGACAUGAGUCCACAUCUAGCCAACCGGCCCGCUCCUCCAGGCAAUUCUGUGGCUCCCCCGAGUAUGCUGGGCUCACCUCCUGGCAGUGGAGGACUUCUGGGUGGUCUGGGUUGGUCCCCAUGGAAACGUCCACGUCGAACACCACUUCGCCAUGAUGACAAUGUGUAUGACCUGUAUGCCAUCUGCAAUCACCAUGGUCAGGACCUCCAGGGUGGUCACUAUACAGCAUACUGCCGCAACCCCUAUGACACACAGUGGUAUUGUUUUGAUGAUACAUGUGUGGAUCCAGUAACAGACACAAGCUUGGUGACAGCAGCAGCCUACAUCUUGUUCUAUCAGCGACGUGGGCUUGGUACCAGUUACAGCUCUGCUGCUUCCACAAGCUCGUCAGGUUCGGGUGGUCUCGAACACUGGGUGUGCCGCAUGCCUGCUUUCACUCGAUCUAGCAAAUCUCAUGAAGAACUCAGCCAUAAAGAUAGUAUGUAUGACCAGUAAUACAGUUUCUUUAAUGACAGUUAUAGAUUGUGGUAAUGCUGGUUGUUUUGUCAUGAUCAUAACAGAUUAAAGUAAAAUAUCUUUGCUUGUACUCCAUGUAAUUAAAAUGGCCAAGCAGUGUGGAGGUGAAGCUCCAUUCAUCCUAGACACAGAAAGCAGACAGAAGCAAUUGG